GAGUAGGAAACGAAGCCGACGAGAAACAGGGGAUUCACAACCCGCUUAGCUUUCUAUAUCCAGAGUCUCUCUGAUCCUCACUCUCCAGCUUCGUUAAGUUUCCUCGUUCUCUCACUCCUGAUUUAAACUGGGUUUUAAUCAGAAUUUAUUAACUUACAGUAGAAAUUUCAGGACUUGUGGGUUUUGAAGAUUGUAUGAUCAUCUAAGAUCGAGCUCUGCAGGGUUUAAGGGACUUGACUCACUUGAGGGUUUCGCUUACUUGGCGAAGAUGAUGCUUCAUUUUCAAGACCCAGCAAAGCUCAAGACCAAGAAGAUUGUGUUUGAAGAGGCGUAUGCUGCUCGUGAUUCCGCAACACUUGAGCAACUGAAAGAGUUGAGCUCUAAGCGCAAGAUUCUCGAGGAGUCUACCAAUACGACGAGCCCUAUAUCUAAGGCAAUUGCAAGGGAAAUGUCUGGAGGGUUAACUUCCCAGUCUGAACAGGUUCUUCAAAAAAUGGAAUUGUAUCUUCCAGUGUUGGAAAAUUUGUUCUUUCACAUUGAUUUGAUCGGCAGCAACGAACAGAUAGUUCAGUGGACUUCAGAACUGAAGAUACAAUGGACUAGUGCUCUAAGUUCAUCAUCCUUCUUUAACUUUGGCGGUUCCAAAUGUUUCCAAAUAAAUGACUUGCGAUUUGAAAUUGUGAUGACUCUUUUCCUUUAUGGUGCAAUACUUCGGGAGAGAGCAUUAGAAGUUCUUCCAUCAGACCUUUUAAAAUCUGUGACCCUUUCCAGAGAAGCUGCUGGUGUUUAUCACUAUCUUGCUCAUGAGGUCCUUCCUUCUCUACAGCCUUCAGUCCCUGUGGAUAAGCCACCAGAAGUUGUCCCAUCUGUGUCCACUGUCAUGAGCCUUAUUUGUUUGGCUGAGGCCCAGGCAGUAACAAUAAAGAGGGCUGAAGAAAAAGGUACCAGUGUUGGUCUUUUGGCGAAGUUGCAUUAUGGUGUUGUGGGAUUGCUGAAUGAAGCCACAGAUGCUUUACAUACAGCCUCCAUGGAAUGCAAAGAUAUAUCUUCGCGCUUAGUGGAAUUUAUCAUAUCUUGCAAAGCAUUGCAUGAGUUAACAAGUCAGAAAUACUUAGCUGAAAGCCUGAAGAAUAGUGGUCAAUUCGGGGUUGCUGUUGGACUCCUUCGACAAGCGUUGGGCAAUGCGAAACGGAAAAUACCUAGUGAAGAAUCUUGGAAAUCUUCAUUCAAGCAGGAAAUUGAUAAUUUUGCCGAAUCACUCAGGAAGCAUGAACAGGAAAAUGAAAUUGUGUGGCAUGAGAAAGUCCCCUUUGAUGAUGAGUUGCCGAAACCAAAUGGUAACAAAAUCGCUAGUAUCAUACCUUACAAUCCCAAAAGAUGGGAAAGAGAACUUGCAUUGAAUAUUUAACUGUAUAGAAGGAAAAAUACUAAUUGUAAAGUUUUCUUGGCCUCCUUAGGCCCUCAGAUGAAACAACAAGAGCUAAUUAAGAUCAAUGGCUUCCUUAUUCUUUUAUGGGAGUGGUGGAUGUAAUACUUGGUGUUAAUACUUCUCUACCGCAUAUUGGAUAUUGGAUGUGUGUGUGAAUUGAAGAAGCAAAUGACCACUUUAGUUGACAUGUUGGCCUCUUUGGUUGACAUUUAUGGCUGACAUUGUCUUUCUCUUGUUGCAUGUUUAGCAUUUUUUUUGUUGACAAUCUUGCUUGAAGCAUGUUGUUCCAUGAGUUGGAGUGAUUUUUCUUUUAUU